UGCGUAUCUUUGAUGUUUUAUCUGUUUUGAGAAGGUGACGAGCACUCUACUGGUUUGGUUUGCGUUCCAUCGCAGUUUUCACCACUUUGGAAUGGCCACAACAUUCCACCUCUCUGUUAGUUUCAAUCUUCACAAAGGUACAAAAUGCAAGUACACGCCUCAAUCAGUGAGAGCACUUCCUAUACGAAUUUUUUCAGUGGGAAAGAAGCGAUCACGCGGACUACAACUCCUGGUUGAUGAGUAUGUAGAAAAGCUCAAGUACUAUUGCAGUGUUGAGGAUGUUCAAAUACGGUCCAAUCCCAGAAAUGCACGUGAUCAGAGGGCUCAGGUUGAUGAUGAAGACACCGCAGUGAUGAACCUUAUAAGGUCUGAUGAUUGGGUUGUAAUGUUGGAUGAACGUGGACAAGACAUAGGAUCUGAGCAAAUGGCGGAGUUGGUGGGUGAUGCUGGAAAUACUGGCGUUUCACGAUUAUCAUUUUGUAUCGGUGGGCCCUAUGGUCAUGGAAGAAAAAUGCGGGAACGUGCCAACCUAUCGGUCAAGUUAUCUUCACUGGUCUUAAAUCAUCAAAUAGCAUUACUUGUGCUCAUGGAACAACUUUACAGGUCGUGGACCAUUCUAAGAGGACAAAAGUACCAUCAUUAG